AUGGUUGGAGGUCUUUCACCCUGUCCAUUGUCGUUUAAUUUAUGGGACUCCUUCUUUGAUAGCCUGCGAUUUAUGUAUGAUUUUCUUAAUAUCGAUGAGAAUGUAGACAAGGUUAAAGUCGUGGGUGCUCAAAAGCUAACUCAAAAUAUCUACCCUCAUUUGUUGAAUUCUAUAAUGCUUUAUCGAGCAUUGUUCGAAGUUUCUGACUCUUUUGAGAAGAAUGUGGUCGAGCUGAAAAAGAAGCGUAUAGAGGUGAAAGAGUAUCAAUACUUGAAGGACGUGUUGGUGGCGUCUAUCAACGAGAGGAUGGCUAUCAUGGAGAAGGAAUUGCAAGAGCUUAGGGCAGAUAAACAGUUGGCGGAUGCUGAGCUAGGUACCAUCCAGGGAGAGAUGUCAGAACUAAAAGGUCAGCUUGCUGAGAAAGAUAAGGAACAUGAGGUACUUAAUGGCAAGUUGGAGGUCGCGGUGAUGGACAUUCUCUUGGCCAGAGACCAAGGCUUCAACAAAGCUAAACAGCGGGCACUCUUUCUUCAUCUUGAUUUCAACUUAUCUGCUUUGGGCUAUUUCAAGGUCAUCUGA